AUGGUCUGACAGUCACAGCGGCGAACGUGUGAUCAUGUGACGCAUACGUUUCAGACAAAAUCCUGGACACAACAAUAUAACGGCUCCAUAUCAUUGCGCUGCACGGUUCUGCUCCUCCCACGCCUUUGCUCUCGGUAUGGCGGACGGUGAGAGGUCCCCGUUACUAGCAGAUCUUGGAGAUGGUGCUCUUGUCGGCGGAGUGUCACCAGGCUCGGCUCCCUAUGGUCUACCAAAUAAACCACAAAGCUUCCCUCCCUUCCCCAGCCCCACCCAGCCCUCAGUGCUCCUGGGGGAGGACCCUCCUCCGUACUCCCCCCUCACCUCCCCAGAGAGUGGCAGCGCGCCAGUCAUCAGCUGUAGGGUGUGUCAAAGCCUCAUCAGCGUGGAGGGGAAGCUCCACCAGCAUGUGGUCAAGUGUGGGGUCUGCAACGAGGCUACGCCAAUCAAGAAUGCACCAGCAGGGAAGAAGUAUGUCCGCUGUCCCUGUAACUGUCUACUCAUCUGCAAAGUCACCUCUCAGAGGAUCGCCUGUCCCCGCCCCUACUGUAAGAGGAUAAUAAACCUGGGUCCAGUCCACCCUGGUCCAGCCAGCCCUGAACCCCAGCCGGCCGGAGCUCGCGUAUCCUGUGGACACUGCAACAACACUUUCCUGUGGACAGAGUUUACUGACAGGACACUCGCCAGGUGCCCACACUGCAGGAAAGUCUCCUCUAUUGGUCAGAGGUACCCUCGAAGGCGGAGCUUGUGGUGUGUUCUACUAUGCUUGCUUUUCAGCAUCUCCACUGCUGGUCUGGUGGCAGGUACGUGGGUGAAGGCCCAGUCCUACGGGGGCAUCUAUGCCUCCUGGGCCAUGCUGAUCCUGCUGGUACUCCUGACCCUGGGUCGGGCUCUAUACUGGGCCUGCAUGCCUGUUAGUGAGCCCCUACAGAACUUCACAUAGACACACACACACACACACACACACACACAGGCGUAGGGUGAAGUUGCUCCUAGACGCUGAUCUUGGGUCAAUUUUGUAAUUACCCCACUAAUGGUUAAGGUCAGGAUUGUGGGAAGGGACGCUGAUCCUAGAUCUGUACCUAGGGUGAACUUCACCCUUGAGUAGGGCUGGGCGAUAUAUCAAAUUAAUUUGAUGUUUUUGCGCGUUAUUCCAAAUGCCUGUAUCGCAAGAAUCUAGUUAGUUUAUAUAUUGUUCUUCUGAGCGUUUAUGUCUGCUUGUUCUUAGGUUGUCUUGUUGGUCUCGGCUCCUUCUGUGCUGUGCACCUUCCCAUUUGCACCAGAGAUCUGUAUAUAAUGAUGAGAUGCUUAUGUCUCCGCUAUAACAAUGGGAGUCGUUGUCCCAAAGGCGGGAAGGCAGCCGAUAAGCUUAGGUAUAGAAACGCAUUGGGCUUAUUUUGGUGAGCGAAACUUCUCGCUUCGCCUCUUCCUCUCUGUUUACACACACACACCAAGCCCCUCCCCCUGUCACACAACAACCUCUCUGACAAGCGGUUUCAACUUGAUAUGUGGUUUGGUCCAACAGAAUCGGUCAUAUGGACACCAAAAAACAUUGCAACAUUAUUUUUACUGUAAGAGGAGAAGUUAGCCUUUUCAACGAUACCCUUUUUAUGUCUCAAUUCCUCAAAUUACGUGCAGAGCAGACACUACUAAAACGGGAACAUCAAUGAACAUCUAUUCUGGAAAAUAAAAGUUCCGUGUUGCGCGCGGCAUUACUGUUAUACUAGCUGUCUAGUCUGGCUUUUAUAAAUGUGCAAUAAGCAUAACACCCAAUAUUAACUAGUUCUCUUUAGGAGAUGAGGUAGGCCACUUGAUUUCCACAUCUGAACAAAGUGGACAGACUAGCAUUCUGUUCAAACAAUUGGAGACGGACAGAAGGGUGUGUUCAUAACAAUUCAAUUGUUUUGCCUUGUUAGCUAGAAGAUCCAAGUUGGCUGAAACUUGAAACAUAGAGAUUAGUUGGCUACUCACUAGCACGUGGGCUUGUGCUUGAGAGAUUGUUUGAGACAUUUGUUUCAUUUUCUAUAAUGCUGCUACAAGAAGUUGGUCAUUAUUAGGGAAUGUGUAUUAUACUUGGUUCUGGUUAAAUUUCUAACCAAAAAGGGCAUUUUCAUUUUUUCAAAAAAGCAGGUUAAACUAUUAAAAUAAUUAAGUUGUUAGUGGGUCUGAUGAUUGUGGUAGGCUCAUAUUUAGCCUAGAUUUAAUUUUACGAGCCCUGAAUUAAUUAGAUUAUUUCUGACUGUUUGAAAUGUAGAGUAUUUGACCUUUUUAAUUGUACAACAAAGCUUAGAGAACAUAAACAAUCUAGGUGUGUAUUGUGUAUGGCCCAUAAGAUAUGAUUUUUAAGCCAUAUCGCCUAGCCCUACCUGGAGCCUUUUAUUUAUUUAACUGAAGCUCAAAACAAGAAGUUCCCCUCCUUCCCUUUAAUCUUUUGUCAUUGUGUUUCCAAACUGGAUGAUGAAUAAUAUCCUAAACUCCUAAAAGAGCAGUAGCUUGACUUCUACAUUACUCAUGAAUUGAUGAAUAGUUCGCUUUAACAUGUUCAACUACUUUCCCUUCCCUGUUUUAAUCAUUGCUUAGGCCAGUCUAUCUAUGGCAGGUGCUGGCAGCCACACCAGAGCCUCCUAUCAUGGCAUGGCUGAGUGGAACCAAGUCUUAAAUGAUGACAUAGCCCUCGGAUAAGACUGUCCCUCCGCAACCCUGAAUAGAUGUUCUGUUUUUGGGGCAUUUUACAUGAGAUUCAUUCAUUUGUUUUGGAAAACCCUUGAAGCGUUGUUGAAAGGCAAAUUAAGCUAAAUUGAGGCCAGUGUAAGGUGAACACCACCUAAAUUACCCUCCUUUUCCCAGACAUGGAGCUGGGUUUGAAGGGAGGUUAGGACUGUGUCCCAAAUGGCACCCUAUUCCCUAAAUAGUGCACUACUUGUGACCAGGGCUCAGUCUGGUCAAAGAUCAGAAGUAGUGCACUAUAUAGGGAAUAUGCUGCCUAUUGGGUUGCUUGCUAGGGCAUCGUCAGAGUGAGGUCUGUCAGUAUGUUGGAGUCGAUAUUUAUACUGCGUAAUCUGUCUGUGGGAGUGUUCGUCUUUGUUCCAAAGCAACUUAGAAGCCUUAAAGAAGUUGGAGAAAUUUGACUGGACACACACAUACAUACAUACAUACAUACAUAUACACACACACUCUCAUUCCCCACACUUACAUACCAAAAUAUGAGUAUUGUGAGUCACUGUAGUGGUAGGCAGCCAGCGUGAAAAAGCAUCUCUCCUCAAGGACUUCAGUUUAUACACUAGUUUGUUACAAGUGAUCUGAUCAUCUCUUUAUUGUGCUCUUGUUUAAUAUUGUAUUCUUAUCCAUUUAUUAGCUUACAUGAGCUGUCAGUGGAACUCUUAGAGAUGUACUAGAGAGCUUCAAGGUGGUGAAAGCCCACCAUGGCUCUGCCCAUGUUAGAAAUAACUGGCUUUGGACCAAGUGUGCUCUCUAUCCAACUCUAUGGUCUUACUACACUAAAUGUACCAUGAUGAGGCCCUGGUGACAGAGGCAGGCUGUGGUUGUUGUAGACCCCUUACUCUUCUAGUGGUGCACUAAAUGGGGAGUAGGGUGCUGUUGGGGAUUCAGUCAGGGUAAUAGGAAACGGUUGCUGAAGAUAAUCUAUACACACUACCUGCAUGUUCAAACACACUUCAUCUAACCAUAUAAGCUGUCUGUGGUUCGGAUGUGGUCAUAGGUUUCUUUUUACAGCAAUGUUCUUUUUUUUUUUUUUAUUGUAAAUAUAUUUGUUGUUGUUCAUGUAAGAGUAAUUAUUGCUAAGCCGAUAUUGCACUUGUGUGCAUAACACUACAUGAUUUGAUUCUUGGAGAACUUUUAUUUUUUGUUUUGUUAAUCGAUAGGGUUAUUUUUGCAACCCUUGUUACUUAUUUUAACGGGAAUCUGCAAAGUUGUUAGUUAUUUGACUUACUAACACAUUAACCCUCUGGACACAGGAAUAUGUGUCCAGAUCUUAAACACACACACACACACACACACACACACACACACACACACGCAUUCCUCAUUUUACAUAUAGACAAUCAAACAUUUAAACCACAAAUGGCAUCAUUUUACACACACACACAGUGACAAACAGAUGGAUACACAUAUAUAUACACACACACACACACACACACACACACACACACACACACACACACAGUGACAAACGGAUGGAUACACAUACAGCUCUUUGAGAUGGUUACCCUGCUUGACAGAACUGUGACGGUAGCAGUAAUAGGUAUUUUAAAAUAUCUUGUUAUUUAUUAUAAUGAUCAUGUUUUAAUCAUGAUAUUAUGUACAAUAUUGAUCAUGUUAAUGAUGCCAAUAAUCAACAACCUGGCUGAUGAUGCUCAUAUCAGAGUUUGUUUACACACAAUAAAGACAUGAUGUAUGAAAAUCUCAA